AUGAGAAUGAUCCAGCAAUCAAUGAUCCAGCAAUCGUACAUAGACAUGGAGAACAUGAUCGAUCUUCUGGACGAGAAACAAGAGGUCACCGAUGCCGCCGGCGCCCCCUGCAUCGUCGCCAAGCAGGGUCGUGUAGAGUUCAGCGACGUCAGCUUCCACUACGAGGACAGGUACUACAUAUAUGAGUCACUGCGCAGCAUCAUCGGGGUCGUACCGCAGGACACCGUACUCUUCAACGACAACAUCAUGUAUAACAUUCGCUACGGCCGCGUGACUGCGGACGAUCAACAGGUAGAGAAGGCAGCGCGCGCCGCGGAGAUCCACGAUCGCAUCGACAGCUUCCCCGACGGUUACAACACGUUGGUCGGUGAGAGAGGACUGAAGCUGAGUGGAGGAGAGAAGCAGCGAGUCGCCAUCGCCAGAACUAUACUCAAGGCUCCACAGAUCAUCUUACUGGACGAGGUACGCGGCCGGGCACUAUAA